GAGCUGGAACGCGGCACGGAGCUCGGAUCUCAGCGCAGCCACCGCGAUGAGAGGCGCUCGCGGCGCCUGGGAUUUUCUCGGCGUCCUGUUCCUCCUGCUCCGCGUCCAGACAGGCUCUUCUGAACCAUCUGUGAGUCCAGAGGAACCGUCUCCUCCAUCCAUCCAGCCAGCACAAUCAGAGCUAAUAGUCAGUGUUGGCGAUGAGAUUAGACUGCAAUGCAGCAAUCCUGAGUUUUUCAGAUGGACCUUUGAGUCCCUGGGUCAUUUAAGUGAGAAGACAGAGAGUGACUGGACCGUGCAGAAGGCAGAAGCCACCAAUACAGGCAAUUAUACAUGCACCAACAAAGGAGGCUUAAGCAGUUCCAUUUAUGUAUUUGUUAGAGACCCUGACAGGCUUUUCCUCACUGAGGAUAAGCCCUUGUAUGGGAAAGAAGACAAGGAUACCUUGGUCCGCUGUCCUCUGACAGACCCCAGUGUGAAGGACUACUCCCUCAUCGGGUGCGAGGGGAAACCCCUUCCAAAAGGCCUGGCUUUUGUCACUGACCCCAAGGCUGGCAUCACCAUCAGAAAUGUGAAACGCGAGUACCAUCGGCUGUGCCUCUACUGCUCUGCUGAACGGGAGGGCAAGACAGUGCUGUCGAAGAAAUUCACCCUCAAAGUGAGGGCAGCCAUCAGAGCUGUACCAGUUGUGUCUGUGUCCAAAGCAAGCCAGAUUCUUAGGGAAGGGGAAGAAUUUACGGUGAUGUGCUUGAUUAAAGAUGUGUCUAGUUCUGUGGACUCAAUGUGGAUAAAGGAAAACAGUCAGACUAAAAUACAGGUACUAAGUAAUAGCAGGCAUCAGGGUGACUUUGACUAUCUGCGCCAAGAAAGGUUGACUAUCAGCUCAGCAAGAGUUAACGAUUCUGGAGUGUUCAUGUGUUAUGCCAAUAAUACUUUUGGAUCAGCAAAUGUCACAACAACCUUGGAAGUAGUAGAUAAAGGAUUCAUUAAUAUCUUCCCUAUGAUGAAUACUACAAUAUUUGUAAAUGAUGGAGAAAAUGUGGAUCUGAUUGUUGAGUAUGAUGCAUACCCCAAACCUGAACGUCAGCAGUGGAUCUAUAUGAACAGAACCUCCACUGAUAAAUGGGAAGAUUACCCCAAGUCUGACAACCAGAGUAAUAUCAGAUAUGUCAGUGAACUUCACCUAACUAGAUUAAAGGGUAACGAAGGAGGCACUUACACAUUUCUAGCGUCCAAUUCCGAUGUCAAUUCUUCCGUGACAUUUAAUGUUUACGUGAACACAAAACCAGUAAUUCUGACUCGUGACAGUCUCAUGAAUGGCAUGCUCCAGUGUGUGGCAGAAGGAUUCCCCGAGCCCACAAUAGAUUGGUAUUUUUGUCCAGGAGCCGAGCAGAGAUGUUCUGUUUCUGUUCAGCCUGUGGAUGUGCAGCUCCAAAACUCAUCAGUGUCACAGUUCGGAAAGCUAGUAGUUCAGAGCUCCAUCGAUGAUAGUACCUUCAAGCACAAUGGCACGGUCGAGUGUAGGGCUCACAAUAGUGUGGGCGAGAGUUCCGCCUAUUUUAACUUUGCAUUUAAAGGUAACAACAAAGAACAACUCCAUCCCCACACCCUGUUCACACCUUUGCUGAUUGGUUUUGUGAUUGCAGCUGGUAUAAUGUGCAUCAUUGUGAUGAUUCUUACCUACAAAUAUUUACAGAAACCCAUGUAUGAAGUACAGUGGAAGGUUGUUGAGGAGAUAAAUGGGAACAACUAUGUUUACAUAGACCCAAUGCAACUUCCUUAUGAUCACAAAUGGGAGUUUCCCAGAAACAGGCUGAGUUUUGGGAAAACCUUGGGUGCUGGUGCCUUUGGGAAAGUUGUCGAAGCCACUGCUUAUGGCCUCAUUAAGUCAGAUGCUGCCAUGACCGUCGCUGUGAAGAUGCUCAAGCCAAGUGCCCAUUUAACGGAACGAGAAGCCCUCAUGUCUGAACUCAAAGUCUUGAGCUAUCUUGGGAACCACAUGAAUAUCGUGAAUCUUCUGGGCGCGUGCACCGUAGGAGGGCCCACCCUGGUCAUUACAGAAUAUUGUUGCUAUGGUGAUCUUUUGAAUUUUUUGAGAAGAAAACGUGAUUCAUUUAUUUGCUCAAAGCAGGAAGAUCAUGCAGAAGCAGCACUUUAUAAGAACCUUCUUCAUUCAAAAGAGUCUUCCUGCAGUGACAGUACUAAUGAAUACAUGGACAUGAAACCCGGAGUUUCUUAUGUUGUUCCAACCAAGGCAGACAAAAGAAGAUCAGCAAGAGUAGGCUCCUAUGUAGAAAGAGAUGUGACUCCCGCCAUCAUGGAAGAUGAUGAGUUGGCCCUGGACCUGGAAGACUUGCUGAGUUUUUCUUACCAGGUGGCAAAAGGCAUGGCAUUCCUCGCCUCAAAGAACUGUAUUCACAGAGACUUGGCUGCCAGGAACAUCCUCCUUACCCAUGGGCGAAUCACAAAGAUUUGUGAUUUUGGUCUAGCCAGAGACAUCAAGAAUGAUUCUAAUUAUGUGGUCAAAGGAAACGCUCGGCUACCUGUGAAGUGGAUGGCACCUGAAAGCAUUUUUAACUGUGUGUACACAUUUGAAAGCGAUGUCUGGUCCUACGGGAUUUUUCUGUGGGAGCUGUUCUCUUUAGGAAGCAGCCCGUAUCCUGGAAUGCCCGUCGAUUCUAAGUUCUACAAGAUGAUCAAGGAAGGCUUCCGCAUGCUGAGCCCUGAGCACGCACCUGCUGAGAUGUAUGACAUAAUGAAGACUUGCUGGGAUGUUGAUCCCCUGAAGAGGCCAACAUUCAAGCAGAUCGUUCAGCUCAUUGAGAAGCAGAUUUCAGAUAGCAGCAAUCACGUUUACUCCAACUUACUGAACUGCGGCCCCAAUCCGGAGCACCCUGUGGUGGACCACUCUGUGCGGAUCAAUUCCGUGGGCAGCAGCGCAUCUUCCACCCAGCCUCUGCUCGUGCACGAAGAUGUCUGAAGUGGAGCGAAUGCCUGGGGGUCUCCCCAUCAAGAAGGAUCCCCAUUCUUUCAUUUUCCAUGAUGGUCAUUGUUUUCCUUCGACUUGCAUCUGACUCCAGGGUAGUGAACACCCCCUGUAAUCCUGUCCUGUGAGCAGACUUGGGUGACCGAUGACUUUUGUCAUCUGGCACCACCCCCUUGCAAAGGUUCGAAAUGCCUAUGUUCCCCAUAGCAAAGGGGGCUACCCUUCAUGAGAAAAAUUUAACUUGGAGAGUGGAAGGGACUAGACACCCUGAAUUCUUUCCAAGUCUUCUCUAGUUUCUGCUCAAAAAUGUGGUUGAUCAUUUGCAUAAAAGGCAGUAGUCACCUACAGCUUUAGCAACCACCCAUGAUAUGAUGCAGAAAGAUUGGAAGCUCAAAUGUAAACCUUUGAGGUAGCAAAUACAACAUUAGUAGAACAAUGGACAGAAGUCUAGGGCUAUCUGGGCUUCAGAAGUCUAGUAUUUCAUGCGGGGAACAAGACAUAGGUCAUGAGAAGUUGCUCCUCGAGCAUGAAGAUGCUGCUAUGCCUGGGCCUUUGUACUACUGACCUGGUUUCUCAUUCGUUUGCUGUUAGGGAGCUGAAAUGGAGAGAAGGUCCCCCCAGGCAGCAUUUGUAUAUACUCAUCUAUACAUUGUACGUGUUCAUGUAUUUGAGGGGGGGCAUCUCACAAGGAGUGGUUUCUGGAUACUACCUUGGCUCAAGUCUGUUGUGUGUAGAAAUAGAUAAGAGCCAGGCAAGUCUGAAGGAAACAGUUAAUGCUUUUUUUUUUUUUUU